GGGGCCGCGCGCGUAUAUAUUAGAGGUGCGCGCGUAAGAGAGGCAUUCCCAGAGUUCUGCACAUGCCGACGCGUGAUGCUGCGCACGCUACACAAUUCUUAUGCAAUUAGCAGCUCACCAGCUCAGGACGAGACGUGGAGAACUGAAGUUUCAGACAGCAACAGGAAUAUUAAUGUCCAUAUUUCAUUUCCCAUGCAUGUUUUAAAGUUAGCAUUCUUUUCCAGUCCUGUGAUGUUGUGGAUGGAUUGAGCCGCUGUGUUAGUGUGGAAAACACUAAGUUGCAUUGGAUAAAAGUUGCAAAUUCAUUUGCGCAUCAUGAUGGAUCAUCCGCAGUGUUUGCUGGCUGUGUACCUGCUGCUGGUGUCGUUCGCUCAGUGUCAGCACUAUUAUCUCCUCCGACCCAUCCCCAGUGACACUUUACCCCUGCUGGAGCUAAAAGAGGACCCAGACCCGAUCUACGACCCCCUGGAGAAGGAUCUUAAUGAAACUGAGCUGAGGAGCGUCCUCGGAGACUUUGCCAGCCGCUUCCUCUCCAUCACACCCCCUCAGGACCGCUACACGGGCAACGAGGAGCUGGACGAGCUGGAUCUCCUGCAGAACCCGACCGGACUGAUGCCCAAAGACAUCCGGGCUCUGGACUUUGACGUGCAGUGGGGCAAAAAGCGCAAAGCCAGCAAGAAACUGAAGCGGCGGCUGCAGAUGUGGCUGUGGUCGUACUCCUUCUGUCCCGUGCUUUACGCGUGGAAUGACCUCGGCACGCGCUUCUGGCCCCGGUACGUCCGGGCGGGCAGCUGCUACAGCAAGAGGUCGUGUUCGGUGCCGGAGGGCAUGGUAUGUAAACCGGCCAAAUCCACGCACAUCACGCUGCUGCGCUGGAGGUGCGUGCAGAGGAGAGGCGCGCUCAAAUGCGCAUGGAUACCCGUGCAGUACCCCAUCAUCACAGAGUGCAAAUGCUCCUGUGCCAACUGAUCACGAAUAUGAAUGAACUUAAGUUGUGAAAACUCUCAUCUGACUCACAUUUCAGGACUUGAGUUCCAAAACACGAUCAUAUAUAUAACUGGACUUGAAGUUAUGGAAACAUAGAUCAGAUGCGUGUUUUUGGGAAGAAAAAAUGUGUGUGUGUGUGUAUAUAUAUAUAUAUAUAUAUAUAUAUAUAUAUAUAUAUAUAUAUAUAUAUAUAUAUAUAUAUAUAUAUAAAGAUGCAUGUUUCUGGACUUUAAGUUAUUAAAAAAAAAAAAUGAUUUUUUUGGACAAAAAGUUGUAAAAACUCUUAUCUGGUACAUUUUAUUUUGGAUUUAAGUUCCAAAAUCUACAAUCUGAUACAUAUUACUGGACUUAAGUUAUAAAUACUGUUAUCUAAUACAUAUGUAUAUAUAUGUAUGUGUAACUCUGAUCUGAUACAUGCUUCUGGACUUAAGUUAUAAAAAAGUAAUGUUUAUUUUGUGUUUUACUAACUGUAUAAUAACUUUCACUGAAAGUCAUUUGAUGCUGAACAGAUGAUUCAUAUGUGAAUCAACAUUUAAUGACAUUUCAAGCUAUUUGAAUGAUUUGUUGAGCAUUAUGUCAUGUAAAAAUGUCUGUUAAUCCCUUUAAUGACAGUUGUUAUAAAGUGUUCCCUUUUAUUUUUCAUUUGUAUGCACUAUCAUGUGUAGGAAUGUAUUGUAUGUAUAUUUAGUGCCAUCAUGUAAUGAUCUCGCUACUUGUAAAAAGCCAGUAUUAUGUGUACUAUCCAGAGUCUACUGUAUUUGUGGAAAACAUUGGUUAUCGUUUGUAUUUAUAAUCGCAGAGAAUUGCCCAUAGAGCCAUUUGAGAUGUUUUAUUUGGUUUUCCACUCAAUGUGAUGACCUCAGAAUUUCUUAUGGAUUUUUAAUGUCCCGCAGCUGUGACAGCUGCCCUCUGACAACAAUUUAUCCUGUAAAUUAAGAUGAACUGUUAUUUAUUCUUUAUAUUCAGAUAAUAAAAUAUCCGU